GUUCAAGUCUUGAACCCUAUCUCACAAUUGUCUCAUUGAUUGCAAGUCGAUGUCAAUUAAUAGACACUUGAUUUCAGUGCACGAACAGUGAUCCAGUGAUGUCUGAGUUGCGAUUUGACGGCAGAGUUGCUGUGGUGACCGGUGCUGCCAGAGGUUUGGGUCGAGAAUAUGCACUCUUAUUGUCAUCGCGUGGGGCGGCCCUCGUCAUUAAUGAUUUGGGCGGUAAUCGCAGUGGAGACGGCAAUAGUACUUCAGCUGCUGAUGAUGUCGUCAAUGAGAUUAGAAGUAAAGGCGGAAAAGCUGUCGCAGAUUAUAACUCCGUAGAAGACGGCGAGAAAAUCAUUAAAACUGCGAUCGACUCUUUCGGACGAAUUGAUAUUGUGAUAAAUAACGCGGGAAUACUUCGCGACAAAUCCUUCGCAAAGCUUUCAGACCAGGAUUGGGAUUUGGUACAUCGGGUCCAUUUGAGAGGCGCUUGUAUGGUGACCAGAGCUGCCUGGCCUUACUUCCAGAAGCAAAAAUACGGCCGUUCCGCAAAACUCGGUUUAGUGGGUUUGAGCAAUACAUUAGCUGUUGAGGGGGCCAAGUAUAACAUAAAGUGCAAUUCUAUAGCACCUGUCGCUGCGUCCAGACUUACUGAAGAUAUAUUUCCCGAAAAUUUUAUGGAGUACUUUAAGCCUUCAUAUGUGGCUCCAGUAGUGGUUUGGUUGUCGCACGAAUCCUGUCCCGAAACGGGAGGUGUUUUCGAAACGGCUGGCGGUUAUGUCGGCAAAUAUCGUUGGCAGCGAUCAAAGGGUAAAAUGUUUUCCCCGCCAAACACAUUGACUCCCGAAGCCAUCCGUGACUUUUGGCCUCAAAUAACAGAUAUGAAUCAAUUCAAUAGUUUUAAUUCAUUUCAAGAGCACACUUUAAAUCUUGUGAACACAAUCAAAGAUUUGAGUGAAAACAAUGAGGUCUCAGAAGUGUCGACAAAUUCUGUGACCCAUCACUACACCAUUGAUGAUACUAUUCUCUAUGCACUCUCUGUCGGUGUUUCUACCCGUGAAUCAAAACAUCUGAAUUUUCUCUAUGAAUGUAAUGAAGAAUAUUCAGUGAUUCCUAGUUAUGGAGCUGUAAUAGGUUUGAAUGCAAUGGCAGAGAGCGCUAUAAUACACGACGCGAUGACUGCUUAUAAAAUUAGAGGCGAUAUGACUAAAGUUAUACACGGCGAGCAUUAUUUAGAAGUGGUUAAACCCAUCCCUCCCUCUGCCACUCUUACAUCAAAACCUAAAAUCGUUGACGUAUUAGACAAGGGUUCCGGUGCUCUGUUCAUAAUAGGAGUGGAGACAUUUGAUGAAAACCAAUCGCUUAUAUUCUACAACCAAAUGGCCCUGUUUAUGGUGGGCGCCGGUAACUUUGGCGGCAAAAGAACCAGUCCUGACACCAGUAUUAAGCCAUUAGUAGAGGCGCCUAAAAGAGAUCCUGAUGCGAUUGUUUUGGAAAAAACUUCCUUCGAUCAGGUUUUUUAA